GGUUGGGGACGUGUAGAAAACGUAUUAAAUGCCAUAAUGGUGGAAGGGGAGGCCUCAGUGCUGGGGUGCUGUAGAUCUAAGCCUCUCUUUUUUUCUGAAGACGGAGCUUUUCUCAUUCAAAGCAGCCGCACAAUGGAGCCCUGCCACCUCCCCAUCUGAGGCAGGCUAUUCAUCAGCCUGCCCAGCCUAUCAAUGACACCGUCCCAUCAGGGCUCCUAUAAAACUCAGCCUUUCCCAUGAAACAUCAGCAAACAUUUUGACGGGUCCGGCUCUCUCUCUGUCUCUCUCUCUUUUGCUCCCUCCCUCUCUCUCUCUCUCUCUAUAGCCCCCCCCCCCUUCUACUUCUCCUACCCGCCCCCCCUCGGCCCCCCCUUUCCUGACGACCCCAGCAGCACCCCGGGUUUGUGGAGUCUCUUCCCUGCGCGGGUCUGGCGGACGUGUCAGUGCCACAGCCAGUGCGUCCGCGGGCAGGCAAGCAGGCUCGAGCAGCGCAGUCCGGAGGGAGCCUCAGGCCUUGGACCCACACCGCCAUUUCUCCCAGGGAGCCAGAGCGCUGCGCAUGGGAACACGAUGCAUUGUGGGCUGCUGGAGGAGCCUGACAUGGAUUCCACAGAAAGUUGGAUUGAACGAUGCCUGAGCGAAAGCGAGAGCAAGCGGUACUCAAGCCAUACCUCCUUAGGGAAUAUGUCCAACGACGAAAAUGAGGAAAAGGAGAAUAAUCGAGCAUCUAAACCUCAUUCAACUCCAGCUACUUUACAGUGGCUGGAGGAGAACUACGAGAUGGCGGAGGGCGUCUGCAUCCCACGCAGCGCCCUGUACAUGCACUACCUGGACUUCUGCGAGAAGCACGACACACAGCCCGUCAACGCAGCCAGCUUCGGCAAGAUAAUAAGACAGCAGUUCCCGCAGUUGACCACACGCAGGCUGGGGACGAGGGGACAGUCAAAGUACCACUACUACGGCAUCGCGGUGAAGGAGAGCUCGCAGUACUACGACGUGAUGUACUCCAAGAAGGGGGCGGCGUGGGUGACGGAGACGGGCAAGAAGGAGGUGACCAAGCAGACAGUGGCCUAUUCACCGCGCUCCAAGCUGGGCACUCUGCUGCCAGACUUCCCAAAUGUCAAAGAUCUAAAUCUGCCUGCCAGUCUGCCAGAGGAGAAGGUGUCCACCUUCAUCAUGAUGUACAGAACUCACUGUCAGAGGAUACUGGACACCGUUAUACGAGCAAACUUUGACGAGGUGCAGUGCUUCCUGCUGCACUUCUGGCAGGGCAUGCCGCCCCACAUGCUCCCGGUGCUGGGCUCGUCCACUGUGGUGAACAUCGUGGGAGUGUGCGACUCCAUCCUGUACAAGGCCAUCUCCGGGGUGCUCAUGCCCACUGUUCUGCAGGCACUGCCCGACAGCCUGACGCAGGUGAUCCGGAAGUUUGCCAAACAGCUGGAUGAGUGGCUGAAGGUGGCGCUCCACGACCUGCCGGAGAACCUGCGGAACAUCAAGUUUGAGCUGUCGAGAAGAUUUUCGCAGAUUCUGAGACGGCAAACAUCUUUAAACCACCUUUGUCAGGCCUCCCGGACGGUGAUCCACAGCGCAGACAUCACCUUCCAGAUGCUGGAGGACUGGAGGAACGUGGAUCUGAACAGCAUCACCAAGCAGACGCUGUACACCAUGGAGGACUCUCGCGAGGAGCACCGCAAGCUCAUCAUCCAGCUGUACCAGGAGUUCGACCGGCUGCUGGAGGAGCAGUCUCCCAUCGAGGCCUACAUCGAGUGGCUGGACUCCAUGGUGGACCGAUGUGUGGUGAAGGUGUCCGGGAAGCGGGUCGGCUGCUUAAAGAAGGUGGCGCAGCAAUUCCUGCUCAUGUGGUCGUGUUUCGGCACCAGAGUGAUCCGGGACAUGACCCUCCACAGCGCCCCCAGCUUCGGGUCCUUUCACCUCAUCCACCUGAUGUUCGAUGACUACGUGCUGUACCUGCUGGAGUCGCUGCACUGCCAGGAGAGAGCCAACGAGCUGAUGAGGGCGAUGAGGGGCGAUGCCAGCGCAGCAGACAGGCAGGAGGAGCUGAUGUUGGUAGAGGCCACGCCCCCUCCUGCAUCACCAGGACCCUACUCCCCGGCGAAGUCCGUCACGUCCGUGGGGAUCCCCACUGCACAGUCCCCUGGGACUGCGCAGUCACCUGAGUACACCGGCGUCACGACAACCACAGCAGGUGCAGUUCAGUCAUAUACCUGGUCCCUUACGUACACAGUGACGACGUCAGGAGCCACGCCCCCUGAGGGAGGGCAGCAGCUGUCCUGCAUGCGCAGUGGCCCCGCCACCCCAACAGGCUCCGCCCAUAGGAUGCCCGUCUACGCCCAUCGUGAUGAACAUGGGUACACAGGCUAUAAUUACAGCAGUUAUUCCAACCAGCACCACACCCCCAUCCAGACCCAAUACCCCUCCCUACACCACGAGCCUGGAAUAACCACGCCCCUCCACUACCCCGCCUACCACCGCAGCUCCCCCCAGUACCCGCUGAACAGCCAGAUGUCCCGUAUGGAGCCAUGCCUGAUGGGGGGGGGCCCGCGGCUGCACCCCACCCCCGUGGCCCCCAGGUGGCCGGACGUCCCGCCGGCCAGCGGCUGCUACAGCAGCACCCCCGUGCACUCGUCCCGCUACCCCCCCGCGGGGGAGCUGUACUCGCCCCUGGCCCCGCGGCGGAACUCUGAGUAUGAGCACGUGCAGCACUUCCCCGGCUUCGCCUACAUCAACGGUGAGGCCAGCGCCGGCUGGGCCAAGUGACCGCGGCGGGGAUGCCACCGCCAACCUGCACCGCCAACACCAACCUGCACCGCCACCAAUCCAGCACCGCCACCGCCAACCUGCACCGCCACCAAUCCUGCACCGCCAACACCACCAACACCACCGCCAACCUGCACCGCCAACACCACUGCCAACCUGCACCGCCAAUACCACCAACACCACCGCCAACCUGCACCGCCACCGCCAACCUGCACCGCCACCGCUAACCUGCACCACCACCAAUCCUGCACCGCCAACACCACCACCAAUCUUGUACUGCCAACACUGCCAACACCACAGCCAAUCCUGUACUGCCAGCACCCCUGACCCCCCCCGCUCCCCCCCCACUGCAUCAUCUCAGCUCGGUGAGCUGGAACGUGGGUCACCUGACACAUGACUGGAUCUCGUUCGCCGCUGAAAUACCGCCAAGACGCCCAACCCGCCCCGCCAAGGCGAGGUGUUGGCACAGCGAAAGCCGGUUCAUCCUGUUGGUGCGGGAAACGCUCCAGAAAGUUCCAUCAGCCAGCAGCCUCUCCUGAGUCAGAUGAACAGUGACUCUGACCCACCCCCCCCAGACAGGAAGUAGCUGCCCUGAUAAUCAGGCCAGCGGGCUGGCUCCGCCCCCUGCCGUGUGACGCGUGCUGGGCGGUGCGGAGGGCAGGAGACGCCCAGCCGUCAGCCCGCGGGGUGGACGCACCGCCAUGCCAGCGCUGCACGUCUCUGCGUUUCUGUUUGACCCCUCCCCGUCCCGCACGCAAACACUACUGCGCGAUCCGUUUACCGCUGGGCGGCUGCAUCGCGUGCGUCAUGGCAACAGCGCACCGCCACGCACCGCCAGCGCCUCGGACACUUCAGAGAGCCCGGUAACGUCAGCGCUGCCGCUUCGCCCGCUUUCAGACGCAUCAGAAGGUCAAAGUUCAGCUGUGGAGCGCCAGACCGGCCCUACUGACGCAGGCACUUCUGGAUUACUGCCAGAGCCAUUUUAUGAAAAUCAACAUUGUUUAGAAGUUCUUUUCCUCCUCCCUCAGAGCAGUGAGAUGUGGCUCCUCUUCACGUGCCCUGUGUGUCAGAGGGCAUCGCUGUAGACCUGUCUUCUGUCACUUCGUAACUCUGUUUUUCUGUUGCUCUUGCUGUUGUUCGAUCGGUUUUUUUUUGUUUUUGGUUUUUUUUUUUGGUUUUUUUUUUUUGCUGUUGGUAAGGUUUGUUUCACUUUGUUCUGUUAGGGGAAAUUAACCUAGGUACUGUAUGAGUGUGUAAAAUGCACUUGAAGCUACUGUGGACCUAUUACCCUAUGGGUAAGCAUAGUGAGGGGUAAGGGAAUCAAAGUGUAACUAAGAACUCUAGUCACUUUUCUGUAAAUAAAAGCACUCUUGACAACCUCUGUAAUGAUGACAGUCACCAUUAAGCUCAUUUCAGUGGCGAUAUAAAGAUAAUUAAAGUGCCAGUUCAAAUGUG